UCUCCAAUUUCACGUACAGUCUGCAUAAGUUGUAUCCAUCACAUAACUUGAGAGUUGCGAUGCAAAUGGCACUCAACCCCUGUUUCUUUCUUCUUCCUCCUUUAUGUAAACCCCCCACUCACACUUACUCAACCCUUCACAACUUCAAGUCUCCACACUAUCCCUCACUAUCCGCCACUUCUGAGUCUUCCCAGUCCUCAUUUUUUCUACCUCAUCUUCAACACAAACAAGACCCGAUUCAAGAAGACCCACCGCAGCCCACCCACGACCCGUUUCUUAAAUUCUUCAAAACCCGGGUUUCCACCCCACAACCCGACCCGACCCGUGAAGGUAAACUUACCCUUCAGAAGAAUCGCCGGACUUCUUGGCACCUAGCUGAAGACAUUGAUGCCCAAGAAGUUGAACCCGAUUUUCCCGCUAGGUCCCACCCGGGACCCGACCCGGAAGUUGACCCGGAUUGUGGGGGUGGUGAUGGUGAUGUUGUGUUUGAAAUUUUGAAACUUGCUAAGAGUUUGCCUGAGAACAAGACUCUAGGAGAAGUUCUGAGGCCUUACGAGGGCAAAUUAGGGAAAACAGAGUGUGUGAAAGUGUUGGAUUUGAUGGGUGAAGAGAAGGGUGUAGUGUUGAGCUGUUUGUAUUUUUUUGAGUGGAUGGGAUUGCAAGAGCCUUCAUUGAUUAGCGCCCGGGCUUGUUCAAUUUUGUUUAUUCUGUUGGGGAGAGCUGGCAUGGGAGAUAAGUUGAUGCUUUUGUUUAGGAACCUACCAAAUGGGAAACAGUUUAGGGAGGCCCAUGUUUUUGCUGCUGCAAUUUCUGGCCUUUUCAGCUGUGGAAGGUAUGAGGAUGCUUGGAUAGUGUACGAGACAAUGGAAAAAAAUGAUGUGCAACCUGAUCAUGUGACAUGUUCAAUGAUGAUUACAAUCAUGAGGAAGAAUGGAAACAGUGCAAAAGAUGCAUGGAAAUUCUUUGAGAAAUUGAAAACGAAGUGGACUAUAGAAGUUAUGGGGGCUCUAAUUAAAUCGUUCUGUGAUGAGGGGCUGAAAAAAGAAGCUCUUAUUAUACAACAAGAAAUGGAGAAGAAAGGGAUUGCCUCGAAUGCUAUCGUUUAUAACACUUUAAUGGAUGCAUAUGGCAAGUCAAAUCAGGUCGAAGAAGCUGAAGGCUUAUUUGCUGAAAUGAAUGCAAAGGGUAUUGCACCUACUGCUGCCACCUAUAACAUAUUAAUAGAUGCAUACAAAAGAAGAAUUCAACCUGAAACCAUUGAGAAACUGCUUCUAGAAAUGAAAACUAUGGGAUUAGAGCCAAAUGUCAAAUCAUAUACAUGCCUGAUUAGCGCCUAUGGUAGACAGAAGAAUAUGAGUGACAUGGCCGCAGAUGCUUUCUUGAGGAUGAAGAAAGCUGGUGUUGAACCUACCUCACACUCGUGUACAGCUCUUAUCAAUGCUUAUUCUCUCAGUGGCUGGCAUGAGAAAGCCUACAUGACCUUUGAGAGCAUGUUAGAAGAGGGCAUAAAACCUGCUAUAGAAACCUAUACAGCCAUACUUGAUGCAUUUCGACGUUCCGGUGACACCCAAACACUCAUGAAAAUCUGGAAAAUGAUGAUCAAGGAUAAGAUUGAGGGGACUCGGGUGACUUUCAACAUACUUUUAGAUGGAUUUGCUAAACAAGGUCACUACACUGAAGCAAGAGAUGUGAUUAGUGAAUUUGGGAAAAUUGGUUAUAAGCCAACUGUAAUGACGUACAAUAUGCUGAUAAAUGCAUAUGCUCGGGGAGGACAAGAUUCAAAGAUACCACAACUGCUGAAUGAGAUGAAGGGUCUUAAUCUAAAACCUGACUCGGUUACUUACUCCACUAUGAUUUAUGCCUUUGUUCGUGUUCGUGAUUUUAAGAGAGCAUUUUUCUAUCAUAAACAGAUGGUUAAAAGUGGCCAACUGCCUGAUGCCGAAUCAUAUGAGAAGCUACGAUCAAUCUUGGAUGUCAAAGCUGCAAUAAAGAACAAGAAGGACAAGAGUGCCAUUCUUGGUAUUAUAAAUAGCAGAAUGGGUGUAGUGAAAAUAAAAAAGAAAACAAAGAAAGAUGAAUUCUGGAAGAACAAGACAAAGCGUUCAAGAACUCAUGGCCCUGGUCGAGUUAUGAAGAACAAAUUUUAGAGUUUGAUUACUGUUACAUCCAUGGCAGGUAGAUUAUAUGAGGGAUGCUUCUAUAGUGGUCUUUUGCAUGCUAUGGACGGAGCUAGAUCCCAAUGUGCCAUAAGGUAUUGUGGUAUCCAACUAUUCACUGCUUUAAUUCUAAAAGGUCAAGAAAGAGGAGUCCCAAGUUUUAUCUGAUCUUGUAUCAGAAAUUUGAUGUUUUGUGCAGAUCGGUAAUAGACUUGACCGAUCAUUGUUUCACAGAAGGACAUUGCAAUUAGUUGGGAAACUCCUUGUAUACAUAGGACACUGCUUCUGCUUUGUACAUCUACCAGAUGCUUCAUGCAUUCUUCAUCAGGUUGAGACUCACCAGGUGGUUACAGAUCCUGUGGAAGCAUAACUCAUCGAAGCUUGCAUUACCCUGCAGAUGCCUGCAAAAUCAGAAAAGCAUAUUGAUACUACAGUUAUUGCAGCUUACAUUAGUUCUUGAUUGCGGAACUGCAGACUGAGUGUUAACUCAUAUAUAGGAAAGUUCUAUGGAGAGUACUAUUUCAUCGGAGAGCUGUGAGACUGCAAUCAAAAUACUAUAAAAUAUAUUAUCCUGUGAAGUAUAUUCUACAAAUAUCACUAAUUCAUUAAAAUUGUUGAAGAUCGUUUAUGUUUAAUAAGUAGAUUGUGUAAAUUCAGUGAGAGUUGACCCCAUUCUCUCUCCUCAUCCGCCGUCUUCUUUUCCCCUUCCCCUCUGCUCAUCUAAGUAAUCAUAAUCAUCUUGGGAGAUUUUUAGAUCAUAAUUAUCUUGGGAGAUCUAUUUUCUCCUGCCUAUUGUUUUUUUCUUCAUUUUUCCUUCAAUAAUCUUCACCUUUGGGUGAGAAUCUUGCAUUCAUCAUUUGGGUGUUUCUAUGUCUCUUCUUUUGAAGUUGUUUGUGUCUCCCAUUUUGGAGUGUGUCGCAUGUUUUAGUAUAUUCUGGUGUGUUUUGUUUUGUUAUUUUGGUCCUUUGGGAGUGAUUCAAUUGGUGUCUUGGGAGAUCUGGAAAGAUCGUAUCAAGGCUGGAGCGGUGGUGAUUAUUACAAGAGCUCGUCUUUCGCAAUUGGGAUUUUUGAACACUAGGUUAUCGUUCUUAUGUGUUAAUGUCAAUUGUGAUACUACUGUUUUCAGGGAUGUCGGUGCAAUUUGGAUUGAUUUGGGUGUCUUUGAUUUCAUUCAUAGAUUCAAGAAUGUUUAAAAUUCUAUUUGUUAAACAGUCAGGAAACAAAUUAUUUUGUUUUUC